AUGAUGAUGAUGCAGACAAUCAGAUUGGGCGUCCAGGAAGGGGAGUUGUUGUGUCGAGCAAUUACAGAUAGAGAAAUUGAUCUGGCUAUGGAUUCUAUUGAUAGCAAUAAGGCCCCGGGUUUGGAUAGGUUUGAUGUUCCUAAAGUUGUUAAUCCAGCUAUUGUCUGUCAGUACAGAGCUAUAGCAUGCUGCUCAACUCUUUACAAAAUUAUCUCCAAAGUUUUAACUGCUCGUGUCCAGAAGGUGGUAGGCAGUGUUGUUAGUGAAUUUCAGGCGGGUUUUAUACCAGGGAGGCAUAUUGUAGAUAAUGUCGUUGUUGCCACUGAGUUAGUCAAAGCUUAUUCUAUGAAGCAUUUAUCUCCUAGAUGCAUGAUCAAGGUUAUUGAUUUGCGAAAAGCUUGCGACUCCAUUGAAUGGAGCUUUCUUGAAAUGGUGAUGCAAGAACUUGGUUUUCCUACUCAGUUAUUAGGUGGAUCAUGGCUUAUGUUACCUUUGUUUCUUCUCCGUGUUGAUGAUGGAAAGCCCUCUCUUCCGUUUGAUGCUAAGAAAGGACUUAGGCAGGGAGGCCCUCGGUCUCCUUUCUUAUUUGCAAUCGAAAUGGAAUACUUAAGCAUAUGUUUAGCCCCUCUAGAUCGAGGUGAUGUGAUUUAUGUUCAACUUUUGUUUGAUGUGUUCUCCAAGUUCUCCAAGGCUUCUGGAUUGCAAGCUAACAUGAAUAAAACUAAAAUAUAUUUUUCCAGCAUGAUGUUACUGCUGAUGCUAUGCUGUUGUUUUGCUGCUGAUGCUGCUUUGUCAGCACACAGUCAUCAAAGCAGGAUCAACGAUCCUUGGCUCAUUUUUUCUGAAAAAUUCCGCAAAACUGUUAGCAGUUCUGUCUUUGUUUGUUGUCAAAUUGAUCAAUCGAUUCUAGUGUUUGUCCACUGGAAUUUGUGGUAUUCUUUCUGA